AUUUGACAUUGUUUGUUGUUUUCAUGAAAGAAAGCGAAACAGCGUAUCUGGUGUGUGCUUUUGAAUUUAAAGUUCAUCGAUAUUAAUUCACAUGGAUGAUUUUAGGGAUUUUGCAGUGACGAUGUUAGGUAUAGGUGCUCUACAAAUGCCUACACUGAUAUCUGCUGCACCUGAGGAGUCAGAGUUGUCGGCGUUUCAAAUUUUAGGUUUCCCUUUCAAUUUAAGCAGGCCAUUCAUGAGAAGUCACAUUGCAUUUUCACCAGGCAACAUACUAAGGGGACGAAUUUAUACUUUGAUCACAAGCAUGUAUUAUCACACAGGUCCUCCACAUUUAAUACAAAAUAUGACAGUUCUCGCCGCAAGUGGAAAAGAAGUUCAUGAUAAAGUUGGACGACAACAUUUUCUUGCAAUUUUUACUGGCGGUGGCAUUUUUGGAAACUUAGGCAUGUGGAUAUAUUACAUAUUGCAGAGAAACCGACUUGAGAGUCGUCUACUUAUGAUGCAUGAGUGCCCAAUUCUGGCAAACGACGAGUUCUUAAAGAAGUUCGAUGGCAUUGAGAUGGAAACAGCAUUUGAUAUUUUGAAUUCUGGGAUGGCCUGUUUUGGUGCUAGUGCAGGUGUUAAUGCCAUUUUGUCUUUUGGUGCAUGCUGCUCAAUGAAGCAGGUGAUCGAAACAUUAAAAGAAUGCUGGCGGAAUAAAGAAUUAGAGUUGGAUAUGUACUUUUUCGGCCAUAUUAUGAACAUUGUUUUUACACUUAAAUUAUUUUUUACUGAUGCAACCGCAAUAAUUGAAUCGUUCGCACCGAAUUAUCGAUUUUUUGAGAAGCUAAUGGAAGUGGGCAAUAUAACAGGCCACGGUGGUCACAUGGGUGGAACAAUGUUUGGUUUAUUCUAUUAUUACAUGAUGUAUCACAGAAGACGAUAGAUCAAGUCAUUUAUCUAUUAAUUUACAAAAUAAAUAUAAAUAGAUAGAUAUAAAUAAAUUUGGCAAAUCCACAGA